AUGUCUGGAUGUUUCUGCUUUUGUUAUUAGGAUAAUACAUUUCUCAGCUCUAUUCUGAAUAAAGCUAGGAAAAACGGUACCUUAAUACAAAGUUAAUUCUUGGCAGAUUCGUGGAUUUCUAACUGACAAGUAGAAGCAACUAAUUGUUUCCUUCACACAAUUUAGUUGACGAGCUAGUUAAUAGUGUAUCACGGAUGGACCAAUAUCGCUUCAACUGGGUUUUUGGUUGGCUCCUGUGGUCAAGCGCUAAUAUAUAACUGGACAUCAGAAACAAAAAAAUACGCUGAAAAGUAUUUCUAUUUAAAUCUGAACAAAAGCGAUUAAAACUUGGAUAACAACCAGGAUACAAAGCAGUAAGUAGAAAGGGGGGAAAAAAACAUUCCUCCACAAAAAUUGAAAACAGGAAUUGGGCAGGCUUCCAGUUUCCAAAACAAUCCUUUAGCGUUUUUUUCAGGCAGCUGUCCAAAUAAUCACUUGCAGUCCGAAACGAGGCCAACUCCCUGCUGAGACAACAGUGACGGUGCGUUUUCAAGCGCUGUAGGACAGGUGCAACGCCCGAGUAACUUCCCUUGCAUUCCGCCAACAAAAGAGGCGUGGCCCUCGUUCGGCUGACAGCACCACAGAGCUCGGGAUUGGCUGCUGCUGCUGCCGCCGAGCUGCACGUGGAACCGGAGGACGGGCGACGAAAACAAGCAACACGCCGCGCCUUCUCCCUGGAGGCAACGCCCUCUUUUGCCACAUUCUUGUCCCCGCCUCCAAUUACUCGUAUAGAGUUAAAAAAUAUUGGAAGAGUCGCCUUCCUACCGCCAGUCUACAAGAUAUACAGAGCCCUCGCGCCGCACUUUUUCAUUUCCACGUCAAAGAUGGUGUACACCUACACACAGACAGGUCCACUUCCCCCAAUUUCGCGUUGUUCGAACUCUUCCUUUUUUCAAAAAAAAAACCCCUCUCUUAUGAUAGACUACUAGAGCAGUAGAUUCAGACGCACUUUCGUUUCCAAAAUGGCGAGUUACGUGCUUCCGGUUCCGGGUAAGGCGGGCAGGCUAAGGUUGUGGAAGAUGGCGGUGGCAGCAGGAGCGUCCGGAUGGAGUGGCCGAAGGCUGGCGUGCGCCUCCGUGCGCUCGUUCUUCGGCCUGUAUUUUCUGCUGGGCUUGGCGCCUCGUCCAGGCGCCGCCACCACGCACUGGGUGGUCACCGAAGACGGCAAGAUCCAACAGCAGGUUGACUCACCAAUGAAUCUGAAACAUCCUCAUGAUUUAGUAAUAUUAAUGAGACAAGAAACAACUGUUAACUACCUCAAAGAGCUGGAGAAACAAUUAGUAGCUCAGAAGAUCCAUAUAGAGGAGAAUGAAGACAGAGAUACAGGAUUGGAACAAAGGCAUAAUAAAGAAGAUCCUGACUGUAUUAAAGCAAAAGUGCCCUUGGGGGAUUUGGAUCUCUAUGAUGGCACAUAUAUCACCUUAGAGAGCAAAGACAUCAGUCUUGAAGAUUAUGUAGACACAAAGUCUCCUUUGCCUCUAGACCUAGAAGAACCAGAAUGUACUAAAAUUUUAGAUCUACCGUACAGCAUUCAUGCAUUUCAGCAUUUACGAGGUAUUCAGGAAAGAGUUAAUCUUUCUGCACCCUUGUUACCUAAAGAAGAUCCUGUAUUGAAUUACCUAUCAAGAAGAUUAGGAAGAAGUAUAGAAGAGAUAGGACAUCGCAUAUACGAAGGUCUCUUGAAGAAUUCAUCUUCUUGGGUUUUAUACAAUAUGGCUUCCUUCUAUUGGAGAAUAAAGAAUGAUCCAUAUCAAGUAGUAGAAUGUGCAAUGCGAGCUCUCCAUUUUUCUACAAGGCAUAAUAAAGAUGUUGCACUGAUAAAUCUGGCAAACGUGUUACACAGAGCACAUUUCUCUGCUGAUGCAGCUAUUGUAGUCCAUGCUGCUCUGGAUUACAGUGAUGUCUUCACCAGCUAUUAUACUUUAGGAAACAUAUAUGCAAUGCUUGGGGAAUACAACCACUCAGUUUUAUGUUAUGAUCAUGCUUUACAGGCCAAGCCAGGGUUUGAGCAAGCAAUUAAAAGGAAGCAUGCUGUCCUAUGCCAGCAAAAGCUUGAGCAGAAACUUGAAGCUCAACAUAGAUCACUUCAGCGAACAUUAAAUGAAUUGAAGGAAUAUCAGAAGCAACAUGACCAUUAUUUGAGGCAGCAGGAAAUCUUAGAAAAGCACAAACUGAUUCAGGAAGAGCAGAUCCUGAGGAAUAUUAUCCAUGAAACACAGAUGGCAAAAGAGGCACAAUUAGGAAACCAUCAGAUUUGUCGUUUGGGCAAUCAGCAGCACAGCUUGCAUUGCCAGUGGGACCAACCAGUCCGUUAUCACCGUGCUGACAUGUUUGAAAAUGUUGAAUAUGUUGAGUUUGGUGGUGAUUCUUCGAUUGCUACAAUGGCAUCUGUGAAUUCUGAACUUCAAGUCAAUAGUAGUGACUUCAGCCAUUCCUUGGAGUCCUCCCCUUGGGUCCAUUCUGUAUUCUCAUUAUGGGGUUUGGAAGCUGAUGAUUAUAGGGAUAAGCAGAAUAUUAUGUGGCCUCAAAGAUCAGAUUGUGUAAAAACUUAUCCAGCUAUCCCUUCCCCAGAGGAAUUGCCAACUUAUAUCCUGCACCCAGAAAACAGGGGUCAAAGAAUUCAUUCAUUACUUGGCAAUCCAGGAGAAGAUCUCAUGCAGACAGAAUUUAAUGAGCCAGAUUGUUCUUCCAUUACUGAUAUCCCUAACAGUGACUCUGUGUAUUUCUUGAUCAAACAACUAAACAAACAUCUAGAUCUAACAGAAAGAAUUCCAGAUGAUUAUGCAAAGCAAAUCUUAUAUUCUCGUGUCAACAAUCACUCACUUACACAAGAGCAAAUAGGAUCGUUCAUCUAUCAUGCCAUUUUAAAGGCAAGGGAACCCUUAUGGCUGGUACUCAAUGAGGCUAGCCUUUAUUGGCGUGCACUUGGAAAUGGCACCUUUGCCUUCACCUGUUUACGAAAAGCAUUUAACUUGACCCCUCAUGAAUUUCAAGAUAUCCCUUUAGUCAACCUAGCAAACCUUCUCAUUCAUUAUGGCCUUCACCUAGAUGCCAGCAAGCUUCUUCACAAAGCUUUAGCCAUCAAUGAUUCUGAGCCUCUGACAUUUUUGAGCUUAGGAAAUGCCUAUUUGGCUUUGAAGAAUGUCAGUGGGGCCUUACAGGUUUUCAGAAAUGCUCUAGAUAUUGCCACCAAAUGUCUGGAGUGUGAGAGGAACCUGAAGCUGAUCCGUUGUUUGCAGUUCUAUCCAUUUCUGUACAACAUCACGUCUUCCACCUGCAGUGGUUACUGUCAUGAGAAGAGUCAAGAUGACAACCAUGCUAUGCAGAAGUACUUUAACUCACAGGAUUCUGAUAUCAUAUUAAUAGAAGAAACUCUUAAAACGGCUGCUGAAGAUGAUUUGACAGAUCAGGUUCACGGUUCAGCAAGGGAAUCAUCUUCUUUGACUUUAGAAAGUACUGUUAUUGCAGAAAACAAUGACUCAGAAGAAAUAGAAAACUUGGGAGAUGCUCAGAUGUCUGAGGAGAUGCUGGCAUUAGUGGAUGAAUUUGAAAACUCUUGGCCCCUUGAAGCUUUUGAAGGGGCACUGGAAGUAAAAGGCCAUCGGAUGGACUUGCAAGGGAUCCGUGUACUCAAGAAAGGCUCUCAAGAUGGACUUGCCAGCUCCUGUUUGGGAGAUUGUGGAGAGGAUGAUGGUGAUGAUGAUGAAACUGAAUGGAUCACAUUUCAAGUAAAACGUGUAAAGAAACACAAACCAGAAAAUAUAGACCCACAAGAACCUGCUGGAAGAAUUGGAGAGGAAGGAGUAGCUGGAGAAAAUGAAAACCUUUACCAAAUGGCAUUGGAAAUCAGUGGGCCAAAAAUACCUUCCCCCGGGCCACCUGGAAGAAAGAAAGACUAUCACAGCUUGGGUUGGCCAAGUCCUGAUGAGUGUAUUAAGUUCCGCAGAAUGGAUCUUACUACCGUAGCCAGCACAUGGCUAGCUGUUUCUGCUAAAAAUAUUGACAUCACAGAGCACAUUGAUUUUGCCACUCCCCUGCAAGAGCCCGCCAUGGAGCCUCUCUGCAAUGCCAACCUGCCUGCCAGCAUGCAUACAUUGGAUCAUCUCCAUGGUGUUGCCAAUCGAGCCAGUCUUCAUUACAUGGGAGAGAGUCAACUGAAAGAGGUACUGCAGAAUCUUGGAAAAGACCGAUAUCCACCACAGUCUUUAGAACAAGUUGGUACUCGAAUAGCCAAAGUACUUGAAAAGAAUCAAACUUCUUGGAUCCUUUCCAGCAUGGCAGCCCUUUACUGGAGGGUAAAAGGUCAAGGGAAGAAAGCAAUUGAUUGCCUGCGGCAAGCCUUACAUCACACACCAUAUUACAUGAAGGAUGUGCCUCUUAUAAGUUUAGCAAAUAUCUUCCACAACGCAAAGCUUUGGAAUGAUGCUAUCAUUGUGGCUACAAUGGCAGUAGAAAUUGCCCCACACUUUGUCGUCAAUCAUUUCACCUUGGCUAAUGUUUAUGUAGCAAUGGAGGAGUUUGAGAAGGCAAUGCGGUGGUAUGAAUCUACACUGAACCUUCAACCUGAAUUUGCACCAGCAAAGAAUCGAAUUCGUGCCAUUCAGUGUCAUUUACUCAUGAAAAAUGAAAGACAUUCUCCUUAAAUAUUACAAUCUUCUUCCUUUUUUUUUCCAAGAAAGCAAUUGGUCAUUAAUAGACUUGAAAUGAGGUGAGCUAAUAGAAAUUGGAAAAUACUAUUUCUAGUAAGAACCGGAGGUCAGUUAUAUUAUUCAGAAACAAGAAUAUCUUUGGAGAAACUAUAGUAAAUACUAUCCCAGACAAUUGUAUAAAUAAAUAUUGAACCCAGAGAAUUUCCACGUGCCUGUGACCCAAACAUCAUUAGAUUUUCCACAAUACUUGAUUGGAUGCCAGCAUAAAAUUUAACCUGCUUCUUGUCUUAGCACAUCUAUGAAAAUGCAAAGCACUUCAUUGCACCAGACACUAUAUGUAAGAGGAAGGCAUAAUUAACUUUUCAUCCAUCAGGAGUUCAUAUUCUACUUCUUCACCCAGUCCAGUCUUUAGCAUUACCAGGUCAGAGAAAGAUAUUGAGAUAAAGCAGAAGAUUGCACAUCAUGUUAGUAUUUUAAGAACAAGCAGCCUUCUAUCUAUUGUUACUUUUAUUGGGGGGUGGGGGGAAUAGUGAAAACAACAUUGUGUGAAAUCAUUUAUAUUAUGGUUUACAAGAAGAAAGAAAAAUAAGAAAGAAAUAUAACUUCAAAGGUUUUUUUUUAACCAUUAUAUAUUAGAAGCCCUUUGCAGCCUUUAGCCUGUCUUUACUAAUUCUUUUACCCACCUGAGUGUAAAUUGCAAGUGUUAAAGGCAUACGCAGACAUGUUUUUUCUCUGUAUGUCUAAACACUUAAGCGAGACAGAGCAUGUUAGCAAACAGGACAAGUGGUCUGUUUCUUAAUCAGCAUCCAGUUUGGUCAACAAAAGGACCAAAUUGCAGAUGUCAUUGUUGAAUCAACAAGGGCACAAAACUUGAAGCAGAAAUAAACAAUUAUUAAUAAACAGAAA